AUGAGUUUAUUUACAAAUUCUUUUCGAAAUUUGUCACAAUAGUAAUACGAGGAUGAUUCUGUUAAAGUUUACUAUAAAUCAGAUAUGAAACAAUAUGCUAAAAUAAGAUAUAAUAGAGGAACCACAAUUGGUUAAAUUAUCAAUGAAUUAAUCAAAGAAUUGAAUUUGAAUGGUAAAAUUAUAAAAUUAACUCAGGGAAGCUCUAGUAUCAACUUUAUAUAAUAACACAUUAAAAGAAUGAACCAUCAUAAGGUGGAAUUAGUAUAAAACGUAAGUUGCGUAAAAAUGAACAACCUUUUAGGAUUUUAUUUUUUACAAAGACAUUCAAAUAUUCCUUUUAUCUUGAUUAUAUGUUCAGUUAAUUAAGUUAAAAUAUUUAAGAUUCUCAUAUCAAUUAAAAUGAGAAUUAUUAAUUAACUAAAUAUGAUAAGGAAUUCAAAAUUGUAAAGUUAACUAAAAAUGGAAGUUAGAAGAAAAUAAGGAUAAAAAUAAAUUCCCAAGGAGCAGCUUUAUGUUAAGAAGGAAGUAUCAAAGAAUUAUUUUAAUUAGAUAAGAAAUGGAAAAGUUUAUUUAAUACUCUGAUUGUAAAUUUGAUUUUGAGCAAGACCUUGUAUUUACAAUUACGUAAUAACAAGUUAGUAUUUAUAGAGCUGCUAAUAAAAAUGAGUUUUAUGCAAUGUAAUAAUAAAAUUCUAACAUUAGUAAUAAAUUAAUAUAUUAAUAUACUAAAAAUACAGAGAUUAAAUGUAAAAUGAAUUCUUAAGAUAAUAUAAUUUAAAAUUGCACUAGAUAAAUCAUGUAACAAAUUGAAUUUAAUUGUUAUGAAUUUACAUAAUCAAAAUAGAUGAUGAAAGAAAACCCAAAUUUUAAAAGCUUUAUCGAAAUUUACAAAAUAACUUAAGUGAAUUAAGAUAUAACAGCUAUAUAAAAUGAUGAUUUAAUUGUUAAUAUAAUAUAGUUUAAAGAAUCUAUAUUAGAAACAAUGUCAAUAUUGCCAAGAGAAUAAUUUAGGAAAGCACUCAUAGUUUUUAAUGCUCAAUUUAAAUAUACAGCUAGUUAAAAAAUAGAGAAUUAAAUUGAAGAAUAGAAUUCGUUGUUAAAUUCUUUAGAAGAUAUUUUAGUUAGUGAAGAAGAUAUGAAAAAAUUUAAUUAAUUUUUAUCAUGA